AUAUUAUGUCAUAAUUAUCUUAUGUCAAAAUUGUAUUCUCUGUAGAAAAAAGUAGAGAAAUCCAUGUAUUUAUUAUGGCUCAAGCAUUUAUUACUACCUAUACAAAUAACUUCAGAUGGAAUGUCCAAGAAAGAGUGAAGCCGAUUGAUCCUACUAAAGAUAACCCUGAUUGUGAUGUUGAUAAAGAUUUAUGGAUAACAUAUGGAGAUAACGUAGAUGAAGAAGACACUGAACAUUUCGCAAAAGUGGCGAAUACUGUAAAGCAAAUGCAGUUGAAGAGAAUGAAAACGACUUAUCAAACUGAGUAUUGCAAAGAUCUGUCGAAGAAGCAAGUUCAGAUGGAUCAUCAGACAAUUGAUACAAAAUCUUUCGAAAAUCAACUCCUGGAGAGCUCCAAAAUAUUGUAUGGCAGAAGAAACCAACGACUUCCGAAACCUCUCCCUAGCUCUAAAAGAAUAAAUGGGUAUCUUCGUCCCCAAAGAUUAUUCACCCCUUUGACAUUUUAUCAACACGACAUUGGGAGGGUUGGUUUCAACAUAUUACUGAAACAAUUGUAACAUUUUCAAAUUUUUGACGUAUUGAAAUAAAAAUACCUGUACAUA